CCGUUGCCAGGGAUCUCAUUUCCGAGUUCGCUCUCAACUCCAUAGAAACUAGAAGAAAAGAGUAGAUUUUCCUUCUUUUAUUUUUUUGUUUCGAUAUUUUAGUUAGAGAUCAAUCAUGUUGGCUGUUUUCAGCAGCGCGAUCGUGUCGCCGCCAGACGAGCUGGUGGCCGCUGGCAGCCGAACUCCGUCGCCAAAGAUCACGGCGGCGUCGCUAGUCAACCGCUUCGUCCAGACCAAUGUCGCCGCCGUCUCCAUACAAGUCGGCGACGACGCUCAGCUGGCCUACAGUCACAGCAACGAGUCACCGUUACAGCCUAGGUCAUUUGCGGUGAAGGAUGAGAUAUUCUGCUUGUUUGAGGGAGCACUUGACAACUUGGGAAGUUUGAGGCAGCAAUAUGGACUAGCCAAGUCUGCAAAUGAAGUGAUUUUGGUGAUCGAGGCUUACAAGGCCCUGCGCGAUCGUGCGCCUUACCCGCCAAACCAUGUUGUUGGCCACCUCAGUGGAAACUUUGCUUUCAUAGUAUUUGACAAGUCCACCUCAACCGUGUUUGUGGCAUCUGACCAAUUUGGCAAGAUUCCGCUCUCGUGGGGAAUUACUGCUGAUGGAUAUGUGGCCUUUGCUGAUGAUGUAGAACUGCUUAAAGGUGCUUGUGGCAAGUCGCUUGCUUCAUUCCCGCAAGGAUGUUUCUACUCCACGACGGUUGGAGGACUGAGAAGCUUUGAGAAUCCUAAAAGUAAGAUCACUGCUGUGCCUGCUACUGAUGAAGAGAUAUGGGGUGCAACAUUUAAGGUGGAAGGGCCAUCAGUUUUUGCAGCCACAAAGUAGAAGUUUUUCCAGAUAGAGUACUGUAUCGUCGAGCCUUCAAAAUCUGAAUCUGUAUCGGUUUCGAUGGGGAAGGUGUUUACAUGGCGUUGGGUGCAAGGCACACAUCAGGAGCCAUGUGAAUAGCUGAACAAGUGAGUGUUGAUAAGAGUGUUUCUCGUGUAGUUUCUGCUUGUUGUAUUCUAAGCUUCUAUUACCAAUGUACAGCUAUGCUUUUGUUUAAUUAAUAAUAUUGUUGUAUUAAGGUUUGGAGUUA